CGUUGACCGCGCAGCUGUUAAUAACAGGUUGGGUAUUGCUAACAACAAAGAACGGGCCGUAACGUUUUUUUCAGGUUUAUUUUUCUUUUGAUAUUUCUUAUUAUUAAUAUUAUGAGCUGGUUGAAACAUCUGGUAAUCUCUGGGAUGUUUUUCUGGCCUUCUGUUUACGGAUAAUUUAAAACCUGAACAGAACUCCGGUGAAAUUUCGUCCGAUUUUAAAUGUCUACAAUUGACCUCCCAGCUGAUACAACUCUGGAUCUGCAUCAGAUGGUUUAAAUCUUCAGCUAUCGGGUGUUACCCUGUCGCGUGUUUCGUUUCCAGAUUUUGUUUUCUUAGUGUUUAUGUGAACGGAAUUCCCCCCUCUUAGGACCGAGGAGUGAUUGUUCGCAAAGAUGAUGGAGUCAUGUUUUACUGGGAUACCGAAGAAAGUCGGACCAGUGAAGCUGGAGGACAUCAAAAGAAACCUGCUGGGUGAAUUGGAGGCUGUGGAACCACAGACGGAGAACCUGCAAGUGUACCUUAGAGUUCGGCCUUUUACUCCAGCUGAAAGCGACAGCGGAGAGUCCCAGGCAUGUGUCACCAUUGAGGGUCCCAACUCUGUGGUUAUCAGGGCUCCCAGGUUCUGUCAGCCGAAUCGGCAGGGCGACAAGUCUCUCCCUCAGACGGCUCAGAGGUUCACCUUCACACAGGUGUUUGACCCCGACGCCAGUCAGAGGACUGUGUUUGAAGGUUCAGUUCGUGGUUUGGUCCAGGAUGCUCUGCAGGGAGGAAACUGUCUGGUGUUCACUUAUGGAGUCACCAAUGCUGGAAAAACCUUCACCUUCCUCGGGCCAGACCACAACUCCGGGCUGCUUCCCAGGUCUCUAUCAGUCAUCUUUAACAGCAUAAAGGGUCAUCAGUACAGCCGCAGUGAUCUGAAGCCUCAGCGGUGCAGAGACUUCAGCAGACUUACCCCUGAACAGCAGGCAGCAGAGAUCAGCACCAAGAAAAACCUGCUGAGGCUGCUGAAAGAGAGCGACAAGAGUCUGACGACUGGGAAAUCAUCUUCACUUGAAGGCUCCUCCAUCAGCAGCGAUGGCAGCAUGAGCAGCGUUGCUGAGGCAGACUCCUUCUGUCUGGACAUUCCAUCAACUGUUCGCUUCUCUGUUUGGGUCUCAUUCUGUGAAAUCUACAAUGAGAACAUCCAUGAUCUACUGGAACAGGUUCCCAGUGGACAACACAAGAGAACGGUGCUACGUCUGUCCCAGGACAUUAAAGGGAACGCCUUCAUAAAAGACCUGCGUUGGAUCCAGGUGAACAACUCAGAAGAGGCGAACAAAGUAAUGAAGAUCGGGAAGAGGAACCAGAGUCUAUCUUCUACCAGACUGAACCAUCUGUCUAGCAGAAGCCACAGCAUCUUCUCCAUCAGGAUCCUCCGGAUUGAUGAUGUUGGAGUUCCUAGAGUCCUCGGCAUCAGCGAGCUGGCUCUUUGCGACCUGGCUGGCUCGGAACGCUGUUCUCGCACCCACAACACCGGAGCACGCCUAAAAGAGGCGGGAAACAUCAACAGCUCCCUGCUGACGCUGGGGAAGUGCAUCAACGCCAUGAAGCUCAACCAGAACGCCAAGUUCCAGCAUCACAUUCCCUUCAGGGAGUCUAAACUCACCCACUUCCUGCAGUUCUUUUUCUGUGUUUCUGGCCGCGUGUCCAUGGUGGUCAACAUAAACCAGAACUCCUCCUGUUUUGACGAGACGCUCAACGUCCUCAAGUUCUCCGCCCUGGCUCAGAAGGUGGUGAUGGUUACCUCCCAGCCCCUUGCCCUGGACAACAGUGCCUGCCACAAGUCAGCGAUGGAGUUGUCUCUCAUCAUCGAUGAAGCCGACCAGCGCAGAAACAUGCUGAACCAGGGCAGGAGGAGCUCGCUUGUUGCCUGGGAGACAAGCCUGGAAGAUGUCCUGGAGGCUGAAGACAGUGAGGAGUGGGAGGAAGAGAGUGUGACGGAGGGAACAGUGCUGGAGGCUGGAGGGGAGGAGGAUGGGGACCAGACUAUGGAGGAGGAAGUGGUGAAGGAGGCUGCACUCCGUUUGGUUCUGGAGGCUCAAAUCAGAGAAGAAGUCAGCUCUGAGUUCAUGGAGCUGUUCAACAAGAUGGAGAAAGACUACAGCGAGCGUCUGGAGAAGGAGAGGGAGAUCUUGGAGGAGCGUGCUGAGAAGAGGGUGGAGAUCCUAAAAAAUCUCGUCAGUAAAACAGUCGACCUGACCACAUCCAGCAAUGAUGGCUGCAUGGAGGCAGCGGAUUUGGGGGUAAUCAUAAGCUCCAUGACUGAAGACCUGAAGAAGAUCAGAGACGAUGCUCAGAGCGUCCAACAUUGUCUGUUUGAACAGACACACGCUGCAGAGUUGGAGGCGCUGCGGUUAGAGAAGCUGCAGUCUCAUGAGCAGUUGCAGGAAGCCAUGAAGAGACCGGCCACCUGUACCUGUGGGAGGAGGACCAGAGAGAAUCAGAGAGCAGGGGAGGAGAACAAGGAGAGCUGUAAGCGCCAACGUGAUGACGCAGAGGGACAGGGAGGAGGAGCAGCCAAGAAGAGAGUCCUGGAAGAAGAAAUCUGGAGGCUGCAGGAGGAAAAUGACAAGAAAGAUGAGAACAUCAGUGAGCUGAGGAGGGGGCUGGAGGAGCUGAAGAAUGACAACUUGGAGUUGGAAAAGAAGAUUCAGGAGCUGACAGAUCUGGACAAGUGUCUGAACUGUGGCUCUGUGCUUUCGUCUCUGGAGGUGGAGCAGAAGGAGACAGCCAGGCUACAGAAGGAGAACAAAGCUCUUGUGAACGGCAUCUUCCAGUUGCAGAAUGAGGUGACUGCCCUGCAGAUGCAGCUCAAACAGCAGACUGACACAUGCAACAGCCAGUCAAAGCGCCUAGACUUGACUAAGUCGCGCCUUCAGUAUUUGGAGAACCAAUUAGAGGAGAGUUCUUGCUCAAUUAAGAGUCUCACAGAAGAAGUGAUCUGUCUGAGACAAGAAGUCAAGCAGGAGGAACAGAGCAGCAUCAAUGUGGUUGCCAUGGAAGAGCUGAAGAAGAAGAGUGAAGUGGCAGAGCAGAGGUCUGCUCACAUCUCCCAACAGAUGGAAGAGCUGCAGCAAGAGAAAAGGCAGCUGGAGGAGCAGCUGGCUCUCAGCAACAGCAGCUGUGUGGAGCUCAGGCAGGAGCUGGAAAAUCAAAGAACAGAAUUGAGCCUGCAACUGCAGAAUCAAAGGGCAGAACUGGAGUCAGAGGGUGGAGCUCUGCAGCACAGACUGGAGGAUGAGGUGGCAGAACUGCAGCGAGUCAUGCUGGAGAAGGAGCAACUACUGGAGGACAGACGACAGCAGGCAGAGACUCUGAGGCGAGAGCUCCAGUGUCUGAAGGAGAAACUGCACAGGAGGGUUGAAGAGGAGGAGAAGGAGAAUCAGAGUGGGAGGAGACUGCAUGGGAGAAGGAGAAAGGAGCAGAGGGAGAAUCUGCACAGAGAUUCUCAGGACUUUUGUGCUUCCCCUUUGCGGUCUACCAUGACUGACAGGAAGAAGCUCUCCAAGACAGUGAAGAGGAAAAGGAAGAGCAGUGAGGUAGAGGGUUUGGUGUUCAGUGAGAACAAGAGGAACAGAGUAAAAGAGAAAGCUUGCAGCAACAAACUAGAGGAUGGCAUGCUGCAGAAGAUUGAAGAACGGAUCCAGAACUCUCCAUCCAUCCUCCACAGCAAAGCUGAUCCUGCCUCAUUCAUGGAGGCCAUCACCAUUUCAACCAGACCCCGGCGAGGACGAAAGAAGCUGUUUAAGCUGAAUGUCUCAUCUCAGCUGCUGGACUCUCCGCACAGCGUGCCAGGUGGAAAUGAGGAAGACAAGGAGAGCGAUCACCUGAUCAUCAGAAGACAUCUGCGCUCCAACUGUAGAAAGUGACCUGUGCUGCCGGGUUCUGAUUAACCACUAAACUGUAUCUGAAAACCCCCACUCCCUGUGCACAGCAGGUUCUGCAACAGGAACAUAUGGACUUAUGCUUGAUAUGAAAAUUGAUAGCUGUAAGUGAUGCAACUAUGCUCAGAACCAGUUAUAGUAAGAAGAUCUGAGAGGACAGAUGUCAUUCUGGCAUUUGUGAUUAAAUCAGAAACACUCUAAUGAGACUUUGUUAAUUGAAAACAGCUAGAUCAAAUGCCAGGAGACAAUCCAGACUGAAGGUAAGUCAGAAGGGUGAAAACAUUAAUCAGGGUGAUGUGAUAUUUUUGUCACCAGAAUAUCAUCUUAAUGUCCAGGAGGACCCAAUGCUUCCUCUGCAUCAUGUUUCUAAAGGUGGCCGAUAAGGCCCACAAACUGAGCUUCUCUACAGAAAUCUGAUUAAAUUGUCAACAAUGACAAGCCCUCUCUGGUUUCUGCUCCUCUCACCAGAUUUAGUUUUUCCUCAGAUUCUGAGUCUGACCUCUGUUGACUCUAGCAGACAGAAACCAAACACCUGCUGGGUUGUAGGAAGAACAAUAAGACCAAAAAGUGUCAAUGUUUUCCUUUAGUUUUCAUGAGUCAAAAUAAAUUUGGCUUAAGGUUCUGACACCAUUUAAAAUCUCUUGGAGUAAAAUAUUGAUGUGAUAUUAUCAGCUAAAUCCUCUGACUGAUUUCAGGUUGAUUCUGAUUUUACAUGAAGGAACCUUUGGUGCAGAAUGGAUUUUUUUAAAAUAUAUUUUUUAAGUGAAACCCUUAAAGACAUCCUAGGGUUUAUUUUGUUGAUGUAAAGGUGAAACAGGUUGGCCAUGUUUCAGUUAUUUUUUGUAAUAAAAUUUUUAAUACCUGAAA